AUGUACUCAACUGGACUUAAAACUACAAGCUUAUCCGCUCACGGUAUCAAGACGAAUACAUCCAGUAAAAAUCCACGAUAUCUGUCACGUCGAAAGAGAGACUGGCCUCAAAACCCCGUCUCCGAUUCCCUGCAUCCCAACUUCGAUUCCCUGCAUCCCGCUCGACAUGAUCCCAGACAAUUAAACGCAUGUGAACGCAGCAUCAUGGAGCGUCGGGGCAACAGAGGGAAUCCUCCCUCUCUCACAUACCGCCAGAAGUGGUUCCUCUUUGCCAUCUUGGCGGUCGUGAUUGGCUUGAUGAUCGACCAAUCAGGGAGCACGUUUCCCGGGGUUCAAGGGGGGACUGUGGAAGAAUUCUACCAUCACUGGCUAUCGACGAAUGGACUAAGCCUCCAAGAUGCUCAGGCCAACGACUUCUAUCACGAAAGAGAGAGAAGUUUGGGCUAUAUCCCCGUGGAGGUGUUAGUGGACGCUCUAACCAUUAGUAUCAACUUUAAUGGGAAGGAGGUGGUAAGACAACACAACGAGACGAUAAGAAUUGGCAUUAAGAGUUACACGACAGCCCACAGGGGCGUGCAUCUCGCCGUGCAUCAUCCCCAUAGCGGCGCCCUCAUGCUCUACACCUUCUUCAGGACAUCCCAACCCCGCGCCACGAAGGGCCUCGUCGACACUCUCAAGAGCAUUCAGCCAGGCAGGAUCCUCGUCUUCGCGGCGCCAGGCGACUGGAGAAAUUACAUGGAUGACGAGACGAGUGACUUCUUGAUCGAAUUCCUGAAGGGUUGGUGGGUGGGCGACGUGUGCUAUGGGGAGAUGUUUGUUGCUGUACUCACGGUGGGCGGUCCUCUGUGGGCGGAGGGCGUGACAGAAAUAAAAAAUUACACGCUGAGUACAUCCUCGCCGCUGUGGCUGGCUGCUGAAGUACCUCGUGGCCCGAAAGAUCGUGGGUGUGCGUGGUACAGAGAUCCGAAAAUGUACUCUCGAGUCAAAUUCUGUGAGACCUACGAAGGGUACGGGGCACUCUGCGACUGUCGCACCCUGGACCCCAUCUCCCCGAUGGCAGCUCCGCCCCUGGAAACCAAGGAGCAGAUUCCAGUAGUGAUCGUCACGGCACGUAAGCAAUACAAAGUGCUUAAACAGCUACGGCAGCUUUGGUCACAGGCGGGAGGAGGAACCACGCCCAUUCUCUUGUCAGUGGACGGCUGGCAGAAAGAAGCACGUGACUUCGCGGGCGUGAUGGGCUUGCGGGCGGUUUUCCACAACAACCCCGCUUCCGUGGGCGCCAAAAUCCGUAUCAAUGAACACAUCAAGUUCUCCAUCUUCCACGCCUUCAGGAGCUUCCCGAAGGCCGAUAAGAUCAUUGUUCUCGAGGAUGACCUUAUCCUGUCGCCGGACUUUAUCAGCUACUUCCACCAGACGGCGCCGCUGCUGGAUGCCGACGACUCCAUCUUCUGCAUCAACGCCUACAACUACAACAGCUUCCCGCCCACCGCUGUCGACACCUCCUGUCUUUACCGCGAGUUCACUCUCCCCGCCUACGGCUGGAUGGUGACACGGAGGUGGUCCAUGGAGGUCCUCCCGCACUGGCCUACCGUGCACUACGACGUAGACUGGGACUGGUACAUACGAGAAAUGGAGAUGCGAGGUCGGAUCAUCGUCACGCCGCAGGUCCCAAGGACGAAGCAUGACGGAAACGGAGGCGUACACGUCGGGGGAUUCGAACAGGCGACCUACAUGGACAGGAGGGCUUUCAAUACGGAUCCGAACGCUGUUGUUGACAUCUCGUAUUUAACCCAUGAUGCAUAUGAGGCAUUUCUGGAGAAAGAAUUCGCCACCGCCACAGUGCUAGUCAUUGACGAGCACCCUUGCCGGAAGGAAUACGUCCCCAAACACAAGGUUGGAAGUUUCGUGAUCUACUACUAUGCAGAAACGGAGAAGGACAAACAUAAGGCCUAUUUCACGCUUGCUUGGUGUUUUGGUGGGUAUGAACGAGGCAAGAUGGAGCAUUACCACAUGAUGCAUUCCCUUGGUUACUAUGGCAACAACAUAUACCUCAUCGCUUGUCCAGGGUCUUUGUACUGCAAAUUAUCCAAAGAAGAAUAUAACGGAUUAGUAUAUUUCGGGAGCCAGCAAGACACAGUUACCACCAAGGAAUAUCUAUCGCCAGUCUUGGAUAAUAGAACACGUAUGAUUCUGCACUAUCGACAGCCGCCUAUCAGCCCUCUGGAGGAAUUCGUCCUUGAAAACUAUAUAGAUUAUAUUCCGAGUUACAGGAUGGUAUCAGGAACGUUGAUAGGUGAGUUGCAUAUAGAGAAAAACAGCAGUACCUAUGUUGUGACUAUCUCUUAUGCUCAAUAUGAUGGUAGUGUCCAUUUCCCUUUGUCUCUGUGCAUCACCCCACUUUCAUAUAGAGCAUACAAUAGUCAUACACAUCACAGGACCUUAUAG